CUAAUUCGGUGAACCGGUGAUCGGAGACAUUCUAGUCCGGCUGAGAGAGCCUGCUCAUGAUUGAUUGAAGAUCAAAUGGAGAAACCACUUGCCGGAAAGUGCCACAAAGAAGUCUGGUUUGGCAUACUAGUCUCCUUUGUUUUGUGCUUUACCAUUCUUUGCUUUGAUUAUUCAACGUCAAUGUUGGGCGUCUACAAUGGCGUCAAUCUCUUAGUCAGACGUGUUCAUCCAUACAUCACCAGAGAUUCGUGUUACGGACGUUACAUUUAUGUUCAUGAUGAUCUUCCUGCCAAAUUCAACGAUGAUCUCCUCAAAAACUGCCAGAAUCUUACUACAGGGAGCAAGCCUAAGAAUAGUGACACACAAAAUAUGUGUCGUUACAUCGUGAAUUUGGGGCUUGGUCCUGAGAUUGAGGAACCAGAAGGGGUUUUAGCCAACCAGAGUUGGUUCAUCACAAAUCCUUACUUGUUGGAAGUCAUAUUCCACAACAAGAUGAAGCAGUACAAGUGUUUGACAAACAACUCCAAUCAGGCUUCAGCCAUUUAUGUACCAUCCUAUGUUGGCCUUGAUGCCAGCCUCCAUCUGUGGGAUUUUAACCUCACGGUCAGAGACUAUUCAGGGAAAGAUCUCGUGGGAUGGCUUUCGGGCAAGCCCGAAUGGAAGAAAAUGUGGGGGAGAGAUCAUUUCAUGGUUGCUGGGAGGACUUCUUGGGACUUCAGGAGGCAAAAGGAGAAUAGUUCUGAUUGGGGUACUAAUCUCAGGGUUUUGCCGGAGUCCAUGAACAUGAGUAUGUUAUCUGUUGAAGGAAGUCUUUGGAAAAAUGACUUUGCCAUACCAUACCCUACAAAUUUCCAUCCUGCAAAUGACAGUGAUGUGGUUCAAUGGCAGAACAGAGUCAGAAGCCAAAAGAGGCCUUUCUUGUUCACUUUUGUUGGUGCGCCGAGGCCUGACAUGAAAGAUUCAAUCCGGGGCAAGCUUAUUGAUCAGUGCCAGGCUUCAAGCAACUGCAAGUUCUUACAUUGUGGUUCUUCUGGGAUUAAUUGUAACAACCCGGUUACUGUUAUGAGGGUGUUUGAGAGCUCUGUUUAUUGCUUGCAGCCUCCAGGGGAUUCACACACUAGAAGAUCAACUUUCGACUCGUUUCUGGCAGGCUGCAUUCCGGUUUUCUUUCAUCCAGCAACUGCGUAUACGCAGUAUUUGUGGCAUUUACCGGAGAAUCAUACCAAGUAUUCGGUGUUUAUUCCGGUGAAAGAAGUUGAAGAUUUGAAAGAAGGCAUCAUUGAGAAAACUUUGCUUGGAAUUUCAAAGCAUGAGGAAUUGGCCAUGAGAGAGAAGGUUAUAAGGCUAAUACCAAAUCUGGUAUAUGCAGAUCCCAGGUCAAGAUUAGAGACCGAAGACGCAUUCGAUUUAGCUGUACAGGGAAUUCUUGGGAGGAUAGAGAAUGUUAGGGAGGUUAUUAGAGAGAGGAAGGAUCCUAGUAUUGGUUUUGCCGAUGAGGAUAAUUUUAAGUUUACAUUUCCUGAGACGACAGAAUAAACUUGGUAGAUUGUGUUUAGAGAACAAAAAGAGAUAGAAGAAUAUUGCAGGAUAUUGAAAUUCAUCAAACUAUAAUUAUUUCCAUUUGGUUGUAGAAAUAUUAUAUGAGACAAUGCCAGUUUUCA